AUGCAGAGGCAGGAAGCGCGCGGCGGCACAGGUGAGGUUGUGGGACCACGCGGCAGUCGUCCCCUGCGUCCACUGCCUGGGCCAUUCUCGCACAGAGUCGUCGCACGCGGCCCACCUGAACCCUACGGCACGGUGAUUGACAGUAACAAGGUGCAUGAGGAGAUACGUGACCUCGCCACGCGGGUAAAGGGUGUGAUUGAAAACAACUUUCAAAAACAUGCCACGUCUGAAGCUCAAGUUCUUCAGGGCAUUUGUCGCUUUGGCCCAUCCGCGCAAUCCAAGAAAAUUAUUAACCGAGAGAAUGAGGCUGCAAUGCUGGCCUUUAAGACGGGGGUGUACGCCGUCUGGCGGUGUGAGCAACCUAAGUUGUCAGGGUCCAAUACGGACUUCUGUACAAGAGUUGGGUAUCAGCAUCGUUGCUUUUGCGGUCAUACACUUGAAGAGCACACCGCGUUAAAAAUAGUGCGGGGCCGCGUGUCGACACCUCAAUGUCAGGCAUGCGCUUGUGGUGGGUUUAACUACAUGCCAAACGAGCCAGAAGAGAUUGGAGAAGGGUGGCUGACGCGAAGGCAUAAUUGGGACCCGGCAAAGUGGUCCGUCAAGUGUCGCUGCAGUCAUGGACACAAACAACAUGAUCCACGAACGCGUUCCUGCAAAGAGUGCGGUUGCAGUGGAUUUACGAGUCACUUUUUAUGUGCGGUGUGCGACCGCGAGGGCGAGGCCCAUGCAACUGUCUUUGAGUUAGAGCAGGAACGCCUGCAGAGAGGGCUGCCGGUACGUGAAGCAUAUUUUCCUUUAAUGACGCUCGAUUGGUCUUUGCGAGAGUUGGUGCUUGAGGACCCAACCGGCGGCGGGGCGCUUACCGCCCCACCCAGUCGACCCGUGCUAGAGGCAGGUGAAGCGCCGUCUAGUGGCAAGUGCACCACAUCGCAGCGGAUGUUGUUAGAAAAGUUGCCAGUAGUUCCAGCCCUGACGCCACCACCACCACCACCACCACCACCACCACCGCAGUACUGCACGGGCUGCGGAAAGAUGUAUCGCUCUGCCCAGGUAAGGUUUUGUUCCAGUUGUGGAAAGCAGCGACAGUAA